ACAGAAAGACGCUAAAGCCGCGAACGAGCGCACAGUGACCGACAGUGCCGCCUUCCAAACGGCAGGCGGCAGUAGAGAACGUGGAAAGGAUUUUAUUCUAUUGUUCACUUCCUGUCUGCGGGUUAGAACGUGGAGCAUCCUGAAAAGGAAAAUGGAAGCGACUACCGAGGAGUAUCCGCAGGAGAUAGACGAACAGCUGACCACCUUCAAUUCUUCGGUGAAUGCGGUGAAAACCAUGCUGGAAAAGCUGAUGUCCAUGUCCAGGAACGACCUGAUGCAGAAGCUGGAUCCUUUGGACCAGGCCAAGCUGGAUCUGAUGUCUGUCUAUACUCUUAAUUCAUUGUUCUGGAUGUACUUGGUGACACAAGGGAUAAACCCAAGAGAACAUGGAAUCAAACAGGAGCUGGAGCGCAUAAGGACUUACAUGAACAGAGUCAAAGAGAUCACUGACAAGAAGAAAGCCGCACGUCUAGACAAAGGAGCUGCUUCACGUUUCCUGAGGAAUGCCCUUUAUGAUCCCGAGGACAAAGAGAUUAAAAAAGCAGCAUCCAAGAAGGCAGCUGAUACGGCCUCUGAAGUUCCACGCAGAAAACGGCCCAAACAGAGCUGAUCCUCCAGUGUGUCCUGAAUAGGGGUGAUGGAUACUGAAGAUCACACUGGAUUUAGCUCGCUGAACACAUCAUCAACACAGAGAACAAGCAAACUCCAUGCAGAGAGACCCCCGGCCAGGAAUCGACCCUCUUGCUGCAAGGCAACAGUGCUACCAAGUGCACCACCGUGCAGUUUGCCUCCAUGACUAGUAGUUGUCUUGUUGGCAGAUUCUCCAUCAUCAGCUGUGGAUCUCUGCAGCUCCUCCAGAGUUACCAGGGACCAGACUGAUUAAUGCGCUCCUCACCUAACAGCGUUGGCCGAUUGCUCAAAGCUUAGGAUAUGGUGUUAUAGCAUUGCCUGCUUUAAGCUAACCCCCAAACUUUAUCCUUGACCAGUCUGCUGUUGUAUUUGUGUCUUCAUUAAGUAUUAUUUACUUUUAUACGGUUCAAACUGAAUUUUUACAAGCCACAUUAAAAAUGUUGCAAAAAAAAUUCAUUUUAUCAGACUUAGGUCAUGCUUAUGUACGUAAUUUGUAGAUUAUUAUGAUGCUCUGCUUUCUGGUUCUCCUAAAAGAAGUUGAGCUCCAUUACAUCUACUUCAGAGCUUAGCAGCUAGAAUGCUGACGAGGACAAAGGGAGCUCACGUCACAGGGUUUUGAAAGUCUCUGCAUCGGCAACCUUUCCAUUUUAGAACGGAUGUGUUCUUACUGGUGUUUAAUACCCUUAGUGGUCGUAGCCCACAAGUUAUUAGAGUUGCGCAUCAAAAUCACCACUGAUUUUGACGCGGGGGAGCUGGUGCCUAUCUCCAGCAGUCUAUGGGCGAAAGGCGGGGUACACCCUGGACAGGUCGCCAGUCCAUCGCAGGACAACACACAAACAACCAUGCACACACACUCAUUCA